UAAAAGAAGCCAAUUGGAAUAACUCAUACGAGGAAGCCAAUUGGGAUAACGCCACCGAACAAAAACUUGAAUUUAUUGAAGAGCAGUUAGCGGAUAACUCGUACAAAGAAGCUACCGAGGAAAAACUUAAAUUUAUUGAGGAUCAGUUAGCAGAAAUAGUAAAAAAUAAUAACAG